UUCUUUCUCUCAUUCAUUGAUUUCAUAGUAGUAGUAAUAACUAUAACUAUUACUAGUGAGAGUAAACGCCUGUGAUGCGUUGCCUCAGAUCCAGGCAACUCAUGGUGGGUAUGUGCACAAAAAAGGGUGACAUCUUUUUUGGUUUUUCUUGUGAUUCUUGAGACUUUGUACCCUUUUCUCAGCUUCUUUCUCAUGACCCUGUUUCUUCUUUCUUGUGUUUAGAGAUAAGGGCUGUUAUUAAUUUUAUUUUUUUGAAGUUUCUUUAAAUUUAAAUGGUGGGGUUUAUUUGUUUUUAGCUCAAUAUGUUUUUGUGCAGAUAAAGUGUUUGUUUUUAAUGUUUUUCAGGCAUUUCCCUCUCACUGGAGUUGACAAAGGGCUGGUUAGGAAUGGAAAAUGUCACCCCUCACAUUCUAAGAUCAUUUUUUAUCAGAAAAGCAGGUGAUGAUCAAUUAAUUGAAGUAUGAGAGGUUUCGUGGUACCAGAGGGGUGGGAGGGUAGCUUUUUGUCUUUCAUAGAUAGGGAUUUCAAUGGAGGAGGUGUUGUUCAUGGUUACGGUGCCGUUAAUAGUAGGUAAAUCGGUCUGUGAUAACUCAACUGUAGUAGCUACCCACAUGGAUGAUGUAUCCAGAUUUAAGCUGAUCGCAGAUGCAGGGUCAUUAACUGAUUCUGUGACUGAGGUUUCCACUGACAGGGUUAUAGGUUCAGACGUUGGUCAUAGUGGCGUCAAUUUGGAUGUUGAAGUUGGUAUUGCAGCAGUGACACCGCCAGAACCGGAUAGGGUAGGAGAUAGUUCUUUGUCGAGUAUGAUAUCGCAUGAUAAAAGUGCUAUGGUUACUAGUGAGGAGGAGGAUUCGUUAUCGUUGGAAGGUGACCAGUUAAUUGAUAGCUCAUGCUCUCUAUCAGCAAUAAGUGAGAACAGUAGUGUCUAUGGAGAAGAGUUCAUUGGUUCUGAUGCUACUUCAGAGUUUGGGACACCAUGUUCCAUAGACAUAGAGAAGAGCAUCUGUCCGGUCAAUAUUGCUGGCCGGACUGCUGAUUUGGGAGAGUCAAAUGUUGAUACUGACAUUAUGAGUGAAUCACAUGCCGUGGCAGUGAGCCUUGAUGAAGAGACUGGAGUUGGAUCUGGCCCAAACCCUUCUCCAGUUGAUCUGUCUCAAGAAAAGCAGGUGAAUGUAACAGUUGGUCGGAGUGUUUUUGAAUUGGUUUAUACCCCACUUUGGGGAUUCAUAUCUCUUUGUGGAAGAAGACCUGAAAUGGAAGAUGCUGUUGCAACUGUACCUCGAUUUUUGAAAAUCCCUAUUCAAAUGCUAAUUGGUGAUCGGGUACUUGAUGGGUUAAACCAGUGUUAUAAUCAACAGAUGACCCAUUUCUUUGGAGUCUAUGAUGGCCAUGGUGGUUCUCAGGUGGCAAAGUAUUGUCGUGAACGUAUGCAUUUGGCCUUGGCUGAGGAAAUAGAAUUUGUCAAGGAAGGUCUAGUUAAUGGAAGUAUCAAUGAUGACUGUCAAGAUCAGUGGAAAAAAGCUUUCACCAAUUGUUUCUUAAAGGUUGAUGCUGAAGUUGGAGGAAAAGUUAAUAAUGAACCUGUUGCCCCAGAAACUGUGGGCUCCACUGCUGUUGUUGCUCUCAUCUCUUCGUCUCAUAUUAUAGUCUCAAAUUGUGGUGAUUCAAGAGCGGUUCUGUGUCGUGGCAAAGAACCUCUGGCAUUAUCAGUGGACCAUAAACCAAACCGAGAGGAUGAAUAUGCAAGAAUCGAGGCAGCUGGAGGGAAGGUGAUACAAUGGAAUGGCCAUCGUGUAUUUGGUGUUCUUGCAAUGUCAAGGUCUAUUGGUGAUAGAUAUUUGAAGCCGUGGAUUAUUCCGGAACCGGAAGUUAGAUUUCUUCCUCGUGCAAAAGAGGACGAGUGUCUCAUUCUGGCCAGUGAUGGUCUGUGGGAUGUCAUGACAAACGAAGAGGCGUGCGACUUGGCUCGGAAGCGAAUACUUCUAUGGUACAAGAAAAACGGCUUCGAACUAAGCUCAGAAAGGGGAGAGGGAGUUGAUCCCGCUGCACAAGCUGCGGCAGAGUUCCUAUCAAACCGCGCUCUACAAAAAGGAAGCAAAGACAACAUCACUGUGAUUGUGGUUGAUUUAAAACCUCAAAGAAAAUAUAAGAGCAAGACAUGAUGAUGAUUGAUGAUUUCAAGUGCAGUUUGAAGAUUAUUUUACUAUAUAGAAAAAACUUAUUAUAAAAGCUAAUAUAUUUUUGUUUGCCCGUUAAUUUUUUACAUGGGCACCUCUUGGCUCAAUGAUGAUAUGGCAUUUUGUAAUACAUCUUACCUAGAAACUCAACUAAUCAAGAGUCUCCUUGUUCACUAUGUAAGUCUUAGCUGUAUGCUGUAGAGAUAGGAGACUAGUUCCAUGCCUUUGACACCAUAUUAUAUUCAUUAUUAAGCCUCCGAGUACAAAAGCUCUGUGAGGCAUUUACUUAAUAUAAUUUUAGUUUGUGUAUUUAUAAAGAAUCAGAAGCUAAUUGAUUUGACUUUAA